AUGCGAGAGCCGGCUUCGCGAAAGAAAUUGGAAGAUCCGGAAGCUGCAAGGCUUGGGCGUGAUGAGAUGGCUGAGAAAGUAAAGAAAUAUAGUUUAACGGACGUUACAAGUAAGAAGAGUUAGAUUCUCCCUUUUUUCUAUAAGUUACAAGGGUCUAACGGUAAUUUGCUGCAGUUAGAGACUAAAUAAAUAUGUUGUAAUAGACAGAUCUUGCCUUACAAAGGCUAUAUUUGAAUAUAAACCAAAUAUAAGUGACUCAUCUUAUCCACAAAAGCAAAUACAUCAACUAAAAUCAAGCUCAAACCCUCAUUUGACCCAAGCUCAACCCGCCAGCCCCCUAAUCCAACCUCCUCCCACUACGGUACGAGGAUCCCAAAUCUCUCCGUUUAAGGGCGAGACGAGAGCGGUCUUGUGAGGAGGGGACGGUGUCUUGUUGGCCAAGUCUUCGCCCCUCGGGCCCUCUCCGUGGUCUAUUCUUUUUUUUUUGUCAAUACCUGUGCAAAUAACACUCACACCAGCGGCGGACCCGGUCCUCGCCUCGCAUCUCCUGCCUUGGACGGGGAUUGGAGAAAAGAAAAGAGGCCGAUAUUUUCAUAAGGCCGAAGAUAAAGGAAGCGUCCUCCGAAGGGAUGGAUGUACAGAUGCAGGAGGACACAAAGAGGCAGGACGCCCCUCAGGCGAUAUUAUGGAUGCACAUCCGGACUUGGUUUCCCUUCACAAAUCCUUAUGA